GUUGACGUCACUUGGUUCAUGAAGCCUUCGCCUAGAAGUGAAGCUGCUGAACAAACCUUGAGAAGAAUCAUCUCCUGCUUCAAUCUGCUGCUGGAUAGGAACUAAUCAGAGAGAGAGAGGCGGAAGACGGAGAAGGAGGGAGUCAAGGGCUUUCCCGAUCACCAAUCUCACCUCCACUCCAACUCUCUUUAUACUUUUCUUGCAGAAAUUAUAACAGAAAUAAGGAGGUGGUGGGGAUUCCAAAAACCUUAACCUUCAACCAUCUGGGGAAGGAAAAAUCCCAUCCACCGCAACUCUCAGUUCGAAAGUAAAGGUUUCUCAACAGUGAUGUCACAAGAUUGACCACGCUGAUCACAAUAUGGAUUCUGGAGAACGGUUGCCAUCCUCAACAGCCUCGUCUACCACACCAACUUCAUCUUCUACACCUUCUGUGGCUUCAGCAGUUUCAAAAGGUGGCCUUUCCACUGUAGCUGCUUCACUUAGCUCUACAAUCAACCCAUGUGGUGCAGAAUGGUGGCGAACAACAGAUGUUCAUACUCGUACAGGAACACCCUUCUUUCCACCAAUACUGGGAAUUCCACCACUGUUUGCUCCUCCAGCCCAGAAUCAUGAUUCUUCAUUCCAUUCAAGAACUUCAGGAAAAAGUAAUCGAAAUGGUCCUGAAAAAGGUGUAAAUGGGUCAAUUAAUGGAAACAGUACCUCAUCUGUGAUUGGUGUCAACACAUCUGUACUAUCCACUACUGCUUCAAGUUCCAUGGGACAGACUAAAAGUACAAGCUCAGGUGGAGGAAAUCGAAAAUGUAAUCAGGAACAAAGCAAAAGCCAGCCUUUGGAUUCUAGGGCUGACAAAAUCAAAGAUAAAAAACCAAGGAAGAAAACUAUAGAAAGUUCUAGCAACAGCGAUAGUGAUUCAGGCACAUCAUCUGACACCUCAAGUGAAGGCAUUAGUAGCAGUGACUCAGAUGAUCUAGAAGAAGAUGAAGAGGAAGAAGAUCAAAGUAUUGAAGAAAGUGAAGAUGAUGAUUCUGAUUCAGAAAGUGAAGCACAACAUAAAAGUAACAACCAGGUGCUAUUACAUGGUAUUUCAGACCCAAAAGCAGAUGGACAGAAAGCAACUGAAAAAGCCCAGGAAAAAAGAAUACACCAGCCAUUACCUCUUGUGUCUGAAUCCCAGACUCACUCAUCAUUCCAAUCCCAGCAGAAGCAGCCUCAGGUUUUGUCACAGCAGCUUCCAUUUAUUUUCCAAAGCUCUCAGGCAAAGGAGGAAUCUGUGAACAAACACACCAGUGUAAUACAGUCUACGGGAUUGGUGUCCAAUGUGAAACCUUUAUCUUUGGUAAAUCAAGCCAAAAAGGAAACUUACAUGAAACUUAUAGUUCCUUCUCCUGAUGUUCUUAAAGCAGGGAAUAAAAAUACCUCUGAAGAAUCUAGUUCUUUGACCAGUGAAUUGCGAUCUAAACGGGAACAACAUAAACAGACAUUCCCAUCACAGUUAAAGAAACAAGAGUCAUCUAAGAGCCUGAAGAAGGUUAUUGCAGCUUUGUCAAAUCCAAAAGCAACCUCUAGCUCACCAGCAUAUCCAAAACAAACAUUAGAAAACAACCACCCUAAUCCAUUCUUGACAAAUGCACUUUUAGGUAAUCACCAACCAAAUGGAGUUAUUCAAAGUGUCAUUCAAGAAGCUCCUCUAGCACUUACUACCAAAACUAAAAUACAGAGUAAGAUGAAUGAAAAUAUUGCUACUGCAAGUAGCAGCACCCCUUUUUCCUCACCUGUAAAUUUGAGUACAAGUGGGAGAAGAACCCCAGGCAAUCUGACACCUGUAAUUCCCUCUGCCUCUUCUAUAUUGCAUAAUCAAGGGAAGGAAAAAACAGUUAGCAAUAAUGUAAACACAUUAAAACCACAGCAUCUCUCUCAUCCUGCAAAAUCUUUGGUGGAACAAUUCAGAGGAACAGAUUCAGACAUUCCCAGUAGUAAAGAUUCUGAAGAUUCAAAUGAGGAUGAAGAGGAAGAUGAUGAGGAAGAAGAUGAGGAAGAUGAUGAAGAUGAUGACUCUGAUGACAGUCAAUCAGAAUCAGAUAGUAAUUCAGAAUCAGAUUCAGAAGGAUCAGAAGAAGAAGAUGAUGAUGAUAAAGACCAAGAUGAAUCAGAUAGCGAUACUGAAGGAGAGAAAACUUCACUGAAACUGAAUAAAACAACUUCCUCUGUCAAAAGCCCUUCCAUCAGUCUCACAGCUCACUCAACACCUCGUAACCUCCACAUAGGAAAAGCCCCAGGCUCUCCUCCUGCUGCCUUAUGUUCUGAAUCCCAGUCACCUGCUUUUCUUGGCACAUCUUCUUCCACACUUACUUCAAGUCCACACUCUGGCAAUUCCAAAAGAAGAAGAGUUACAGAUGAACGUGAACUGCGUAUUCCUUUGGAAUAUGGCUGGCAGAGAGAGACAAGAAUAAGAAACUUUGGAGGGCGCCUUCAAGGAGAAGUAGCAUAUUAUGCUCCAUGUGGAAAGAAACUUAGGCAGUACCCUGAAGUAAUAAAGUAUCUCAGCAGAAAUGGAAUAAUGGAUAUCUCAAGGGACAAUUUCAGCUUCAGUGCAAAAAUAAGAGUGGGUGACUUCUAUGAAGCCAGAGAUGGACCGCAGGGAAUGCAGUGGUGUCUUUUGAAAGAAGAGGAUGUCAUUCCUCGAAUCAGGGCAAUGGAAGGUCGUAGAGGAAGACCACCAAAUCCAGAUAGACAGCGAGCAAGAGAGGAAUCCAGGAUGAAACGUAGGAAGGGUCGACCUCCAAAUGUUGGCAGUGCAGAAUUCCUAGAUAACACAGAUGCCAAAUUGCUAAGAAAACUGCAGGCUCAAGAAAUAGCCAGGCAAGCAGCACAAAUAAAGCUUUUGAGAAAACUUCAAAAGCAGGAACAGGCUCGGGUUGCCAAAGAAGCUAAAAAACAACAAGCAAUAAUGGCUGCUGAGGAGAAACGAAAGCAAAAAGAACAGAUAAAGAUUAUGAAACAACAGGAAAAAAUUAAGAGAAUACAGCAAAUCAGAAUGGAAAAAGAACUUCGAGCCCAGCAAAUUCUAGAGGCUAAAAAGAAAAAGAAGGAAGAAGCGGCAAAUGCCAAAUUAUUGGAGGCCGAGAAACGAAUAAAGGAAAAAGAAUUGAGAAGACAACAAGCUGUUCUUCUGAAGCAUCAGGAGUUGGAGAGGCAUAGACUAGAUAUGGAACGUGAACGAAGACGACAACAUAUGAUGCUUAUGAAAGCUAUGGAAGCUCGUAAAAAAGCAGAAGAAAAAGAACGGUUGAAGCAAGAAAAACGUGAUGAGAAAAGAUUAAAUAAAGAACGUAAACUAGAGCAACGAAGAUUAGAAUUAGAAAUGGCCAAGGAACUAAAGAAGCCUAAUGAAGAUAUGUGCUUAGCAGAUCAAAAGCCUUUGCCAGAGUUGCCUCGUAUUCCAGGACUUGUUCUCUCUGGAAGUACAUUUUCAGACUGUCUCAUGGUGGUACAGUUCUUACGAAACUUUGGUAAAGUUUUGGGCUUUGAUGUGAAUAUUGAUGUUCCAAACCUGAGUGUUCUUCAAGAGGGAUUACUAAAUAUAGGGGACAGCAUGGGUGAAGUACAAGACUUGCUUGUGAGGCUCCUCUCAGCUGCUGUAUGUGAUCCAGGUCUAAUUACAGGAUACAAGGCUAAAACAGCACUUGGAGAGCAUUUGCUGAAUGUUGGUGUGAAUAGAGACAAUGUGUCCGAGAUUUUGCAGAUUUUUAUGGAAGCCCACUGUGGGCAAACUGAGCUCACUGAAAGUCUGAAGACCAAAGCUUUUCAGGCUCACACUCCAGCACAGAAAGCCUCAAUCCUUGCUUUCCUGAUCAAUGAACUGGCAUGCAGCAAGAGUGUAGUGAGUGAAAUUGACAAGAACAUUGACUAUAUGUCAAACUUAAGGAGAGAUAAGUGGGUAGUAGAAGGUAAACUCCGCAAGCUCAGAAUAAUUCAUGCUAAGAAAACAGGCAAAAGAGACACUUCAGGUGGCAUUGAUCUUGGAGAAGAGCAACAUCCUUUGGGUACACCUACUCCAGGACGCAAGCGAAGAAGGAAGGGAGGAGACAGUGAUUUUGAUGAUGAUGAUGAUGAUGAUAGUGAUGACCAAGCUGAUGAGGAUGAUGAGGAUGAAGAAGAUAAAGAUGAUAAAAAAGGAAAGAAGACUGAUACCUGUGAAGAUGAGGAUGAAGGUGACCAAGCAGCAAGUGUUGAAGAGCUAGAAAAACAGAUUGAAAAACUGAGUAAACAACAAAGUCAGUACAGAAGGAAGCUCUUCGAUGCUUCUCAUUCAUUACGUUCGAUGAUGUUCGGCCAGGAUCGUUACAGACGCAGAUACUGGAUUCUUCCCCAGUGUGGGGGGAUUUUUGUAGAAGGCAUGGAAAGUGGUGAAGGACUAGAAGAAAUUGCAAAAGAAAGAGAAAAACUUAAAAAGGCAGAAAGUAUCCAAAUCAAAGAAGAAAUGUUUGAGACUUCUGGGGAUACUUUAAAUUGUUCAAAUACAGAUCACUGUGAGCAAAAGGAAGAUCUUAAAGAAAAAGAUAACACAAAUCUGUUUCUUCAGAAACCUGGCUCUUUUUCCAAAUUAAGCAAGCUUUUGGAAGUAGCUAAGAUGCCUCCUGAGUCAGACAUUGUGACCUCCAAACCAAAUGUUAGUGCAAAUGGGUGCACACUGUCUUAUCAAAAUAGUGGAAAACAUUCAGUGAGCAGCAUUCCAUCAACAGCAUCACAAAGCAACAUGGAGAAGACAGACUCUAAUCUGUUUAACACUGGUUCAGGUGGUCCAGGGAAAUUCUAUAGUCCUCUCCCCAAUGACCAAUUGUUAAAAACACUGACUGAAAAGAAUAGACAAUGGUUUAGCCUUUUGCCAAGAACGCCUUGUGAUGAUACUUCACUUACCCAUGCGGAUACGUCAACUUCUUUAGUGACUCCUCAGUCUCAGCCACCAUCCAAGUCACCUUCACCUGCCCCAGCUCCUCUUCUUGGAUCAUCUUCUCAGAAUCCUGUUGGCCUAAAUCCAUUUGCUGUAUCACCUCUUCAGAUGAAAAGCGGAGUGUCUAUGAUGGGACUUCAGUUUUGUGGGUGGUCCACUGGUGUGCUUACUUCCAAUAUUCCAUUUACAUCACCUUUACCUACUCUGGGAUCAGGGUUGGGAUUAUCUGAAGGAAAUGGUAAUUCAUUCUUGACUUCCAAUGUUGCUUCAAGUAAAAGUGAAUCUCCAGUACCUCAGAAUGAAAAGGUCUCAUCAACUCAACCUGCAGCUGUUGAAGUAGCAAAACCAGUAGAUUUUCCUAGUCCAAAACCUAUUCCAGAAGAAAUGCAGUUUGGUUGGUGGAGGAUUAUUGACCCGGAGGACCUGAAAACUUUGCUCAAGGUGCUACAUCUCAGAGGAAUCAGAGAAAAGGCAUUACAAAAACAAAUUCAGAAACACUUGGAUUAUAUUACUCAAGCAUGUAUCAAGAACAAGGAUGUUGCUAUUAUUGAAUUAAAUGAAAAUGAAGAAAGCCAGGUAACACGAGAUAUUGUGGAAAACUGGUCAGUAGAAGAACAAGCAAUGGAAAUGGACUUGAGUAUCCUUCAACAGGUAGAAGAUCUAGAAAGGAGAGUUGCAUCAGCAAGUUUGCAAGUGAAGGGUUGGAUGUGUCCAGAGCCUGCAUCAGAAAGGGAGGACUUGGUAUAUUUUGAACAUAAAUCAUUUACUAAAUUGUGCAAGGAGCAUGAUGGAGAACUUACUGGAGAAGAAGAAAACAGUGUAAAUGCACUAGAACGGAAGAGUGACAACCCCCUAGAUAUAGCUGUAACCAGGCUGGCUGAUUUGGAGCGGAACAUUGAAAGAAGGUAUCUGAAGAGCCCCUUAAGUACCACCAUUCAGAUCAAACUGGAUAAUGUGGGCACAGUUACUGUCCCUGCUCCUGCACCAUCCAUUAGUGGUGAUGGUGACGGAAUUGAAGAGGAUAUUGCUCCAGGGCUCAGGGUAUGGAGAAGGGCAUUAUCAGAAGCUCGCAGUGCUGCACAGGUAGCACUGUGCAUUCAGCAAUUACAGAAAUCAAUAGCAUGGGAAAAAUCAAUUAUGAAAGUUUACUGCCAAAUAUGUCGAAAAGGAGAUAAUGAAGAACUACUUCUCCUUUGUGAUGGCUGUGACAAAGGCUGUCAUACCUACUGCCAUAGACCCAAGAUUACAACUAUACCAGAUGGGGACUGGUUCUGUCCAGCUUGCAUUGCUAAGGCAAGUGGUCAAACUAUAAAAAUCAAAAAACUUAACGUCAAAGGAAAAAAGUCUAAUGAAUCGAAGAAAGGCAAGAAAGUAACUUUAACAGGGGAUACUGAAGAUGAAGACUCUGCAUCUACAAGUAGUUCACUAAAAAGAGGAAACAAAGACCUCAAAAAAAGAAAAAUGGAGGAAAAUACUUCUAUUAACUUAUCAAAACAAGAAAGUUUUUCUUCUGUUAAGAAACCCAAAAGAGAUGAUUCUAAGGACCUAGCUCUUUGCAGUAUGAUCCUGACUGAAAUGGAAACUCAUGAGGAUGCUUGGCCUUUCCUACUUCCUGUAAACUUGAAACUUGUACCUGGUUAUAAGAAAGUUAUUAAGAAACCUAUGGACUUUUCCACAAUUAGAGAGAAACUGAGUAACGGACAGUAUCCAAACCUUGAAACCUUUGCUGUAGAUGUCAGGCUUGUUUUUGACAACUGUGAAACAUUUAAUGAAGAUGAUUCUGAUAUAGGCAGAGCUGGCCACAAUAUGAGGAAAUAUUUUGAAAAAAAAUGGACAGAUACUUUCAAAGUGAGCUGAAGUUAUAAUACUCUCUUUAUUUUUUUUCCUUUUAAACAAAGACAAAUGAGACCAGCAAUGUGAACUGUAUUUACAUAAAUGUGCAAGGCACAUACAAAAUGACUUUUUUUUCCUUAAAAUAAGUAUCAGAAAAUAUCAGAAGAUAUACCAUUUUUAAAGGCUUCACUCCUAUGACAACCAAAACCCUUGGUUAUUGGUUUGUGUGAUUUAUCAGCUAAUUUAGGUAGAACAGGGAAGCACACCCAAAGAAUUUUCAAAGGAAAGGGUGUUAUAGUGCAAUAGCAGUUAAAAUAUAUCAAAUCGCACUGAAUAUUCAACACCAGAGCUCUAAUGUGGGAAAUGGUUCUCCUUUCCCUCUCAAUAAAUAUCUAUUUUUCAUUUUUUUA